AUGGCCUCAAUCUCCGCCGCCGAACUCAAUUUUCUAGUUUUUCGUUACCUUCAGGAAUCAGGUUUCACGCAUGCUGCUUUUACUUUUGGUUAUGAAGCUGGUAUCAACAAAUCCUCCAUCGAUGGAAAUUUAGUGCCACAAGGUGCUCUUGUUACAUUUGUUCAGAAGGGUCUACAGUACUUUGAGAUGGAAGCCAACUUGAGUAAUUGUGAUGCAGACCUGGAAGAAGAUUUUUCAUUCUUACAACCUUUGGAUAUUAUCACGAAAGAUGUGCAUGAACUUAGGCAAAUAAUAAGUGAAAGAAGGAAAAAACUACAGAAGGAAAGAAAGAAAGAAAUAGAAAAGGAGCAUGAAGGUGAACGUGUACGGGCAAGAGAAAAGGAAAGACGUGAAAGAGAAAAAGAAGUUGAAAAGGAUAGACGCGAAAGAGAUAAGGAGGUUGAAAGGGAGAGACGUGAAAGGGAGAAAGAAGUCGAAAGGGAGAGGCGUGAAAGGGAAAAAGAAGUUGAAAAGGAGAGGCGUGAAAGGGAGAAAGAAGUUGAAAAGGAGAGGCGUGAAAGGGAGAAGGAAGUUGAAAAGGAGAGACGGGAAAGGGAGAAAGAAUGUGAAAAGGAUCGAGAGAAGGUAGAAACAGAUAAAGAGCGAGAACAACAACAUGGAGAUCAGAUCGUCAGAGACAUGGCCAUAGAUCAUGAAGAUAGGGUUCCCGUGAAGCAUGAAGAGAAUGGAGUGGUUGGAGGGCCCGAACCAAUGGACAUCUCUACGACAUCAUCUUCUCAGCUAUGUGAAAUUCCUAGUUCGUGUGUGACAAUUUUGGAAGGUCAUACUUCAGAGGUGUGUGCUUGUGCAUGGAGCCCUACAGGAUCUCUUCUUGCAUCAGGAUCUGGGGAUUCGACCGCUCGGAUUUGGACAAUAGCAGAAGGGAGAUGUAAGCCUGGUUCACAUAAUGGCCCUUUGAGCGUGUUGGUGUUGAAGCAUGUUAGGGGUAAAACAAAUGAAAAAAGUAAAGAUGUUACUACACUUGACUGGAAUGUGGAGGGGACACUUCUUGCAACUGGUUCAUAUGACGGGCAAGCAAGAAUUUGGACCACUAAUGGUGAACUGAGGAGUACAUUAAGCAAACACAAGGGACCAAUAUUCUCUCUGAAGUGGAAUAAGAAAGGCGAUUAUCUCCUCACUGGAAGUUGUGAUCAAACUGCAAUUGUGUGGGAUGUGAAGGCAGAGGAAUGGAAACAACAAUUUGAAUUUCAUUCAGGUCCAACACUUGAUGUUGAUUGGCGCAACAAUGUGUCUUUUGCAACAAGUUCCACAGACAAUAUGAUAUAUGUCUGCAAAAUUGGAGAAAACCGCCCUAUAAAGACUUUUGCUGGACACCAGGGUGAAGUCAAUUGUGUCAAAUGGGAUCCCACAGGUUCAUUGCUGGCCUCCUGUUCUGAUGAUAUCACAGCAAAGAUAUGGAGUAUGAAGCAGGAUACAUAUCUUCAUGACUUAAGGGAGCAUUCCAAGGAGAUAUAUACCAUCCGAUGGAGCCCCACUGGUCCUGGUACAAAUAACCCUAAUCAUAAAUUGGUGUUGGCCAGAUUAAUGUUCGGUGGUGCCUUGAAAUCGGUAAUGUUGUUUGUUGCCUUUGGCAGUGCUUCAUUUGACUCGACUGUAAAGCUAUGGGACGUGGAACUUGGGAAACUCAUCUACAGCUUGGAUGGACACAGUCCCAAUGGUGAGUAUUUAGUUAGCGGGUCUCUUGACAGAUCCAUGCACAUAUGGUCAUUGAAGGAAGGCAAGAUUGUCAAAACAUACACGGGCAAUGGAGGCAUUUUUGAGGUCUGUUGGAAUAAGGAGGGUGACAAGAUUGCUGCAUGUUUUGCUAAUAAUACAACCUUUGGUCGUAAAACCCAGACUCGAGGUAAUUAUUCAUAUCUUUAUGUUCGCUAG